CUGAAAAUGGUUAUUAAAUAAGAAGAAGAAUAAAAUAAUACGGCGAGGAGAUGAAAAAUCCAGUACUAUAAAAACGCGUCAUCGGGUUUAACCCAAAAAUUUCCUCACGCCCCAAAAAACAGAGAUUCCUCUCUCUCUCUCUCUCUUCUCUGAUUCUGAUUCUAUUUUCUAUUUUUGCAUCACCAACCCCCACACACACAUACACACAAAAUUCUCCGUUUGAUCUCUUCUCUAGGCCUAAUAAUCCUUUUUUUUUUUUUGGUCUAUCAUGGGACUCGAAACAAUGACGCCGGCGAAACAGACAACAACAACAACGCUUGUGUUCACGUACGGAACUCUGAAGACAGGAUUCUCGAACCAUGUCCUGAUGCAAGAUCUGAUCCGAUCGGGAGACGCUUCUUUCAUAGGUGUUUACAAAACCUUAGACAAAUACCCUCUCGUCUGCGGACCUUACCGAGUGCCUUUCCUCCUCAACAAACCUGGAUCAGGCCACCACGUGACCGGAGAGCUUUACGCGGUUUCUCCUCGCGGUCUCUCUCGUCUCGACGAGCUCGAAGGGAUCAGCCGCGGUCAUUACGUAAGGCAGCCGAUCCGUCUCUCCGCGGGUGAGGAGGAAGAUGAGGGAGAAGAUCGGGAUACAGAGCCGUCUUUGGUGGAGGCGUAUUACGCGCACAAGAGCUACGAGGAGGAGCUGUGGAGGAGGAACCGUGGGAGAUCGUUCGGCGCGUAUACGGAGAACGAAGCGCGUGGGUACGUGAAACGUAAAGAUAGGCCUCAGCAUCUUAGCUUCUUGGAUCAUAUCCGUAUUUUCGUAUCUUCUCCAUCUGAUUGAUUUCUCUAUUUCAAUUCUUCCCUCUCUCUCUCUCUUUUGUUUGUUUGUUUUUUUUUUCUUUCUUGGGAAAAAGGAAAAAAACACAAAACACAAAAUACAACUAGUUUUACAGGGUCCCACAAGUUUGUCCGUCCGUCGUAUCCGUACAAGUACAACCGGUUUGUUGUUAUCGAUUUGAUUACAGAGAGGGAGGGAGAUAGAUAUAGAGGUUCUGUGAUCGUUGGAUGUAAAACAUACGGUUCCAUCUUUGAAAAUAAAUGUAGGUUGUCAAUAGAGUUCUUCUCGUAUCCAAGAUCUCUAAUCCGUAUA